UGCGGGAGGAAGAGCGAAAGACAGAGUAGGACCGCGAUUCAAACUCGAAAUCUAACGAGGGACUCAGAGCCACGCGAGUGGCCGCGCGACACGGCACGGGUGUUUGAAAACUGCCGUUAUUAGUGGACCGUGCGCCAUGUGUACUGGGAAAAGUGCAAGCUUUUCGUGUCUUUGUGCUCUAUUAUUUCUCGCCGGACUUACCCUGCCGUCUGGAAACUGCCAAAACGCGGAAGCUUUCGCUGGAAAAAAUGUCGCCAGGAGCAUCGGCGGUUUGAAGGACGAGCUGCAAGCCGAUGACGCGGAACAGUCGUACGUCUGGGAUGCGUCUCUGGAGGGUAGAAAAACGCUCGAUGAGAACGGGGGCUCUUUCUCGUCUCGGGACGCGGCAGAGGUGCCGGAGACGGAAGCGGAAACAGUGCCUCGAGCUGACGGAAAUAGGGACGAGGUCCUUGUCCCGGCAGAAGACGCUUCGACCAACUCGUCCCUUCGGUCGGGUUUGAAUGUCACGAGCACGUCGACCGGCCGUCGAAGAGGUAACUUCGACUACAGGUGUCGGAAGAAGCAUCGCCGCGGCAAGGAGUCGAAGAGUCGGGAGGCAGCCCGGCAGCGGGACUUGGCGAACGAUUCCCGCGAGAACGAGAUCCGAGGCAAAAGAGGCGGAGGCGGCGGCGGAGGCGGAGAAGGAGGAGGCGGCGGAGGUCAGUCGAAGAAGUCGAAGGAUUCUCCGGCGAGGCGAUAUCGCGCCGAGCGUCGUCGCAGGAGGAAGAAUCGGGAGCGGGAGCGGCGCCGGAAGAGAACCAGACAGAACGAGGACCGGGCGGAAGGCCGCCGGAGCUCGAAGUUCAAGAGACGGAUGAACGACGCGCCGAGAUCCUUGGUCCUCGGGAACCAACGGGUCGAGGAGAGCAUGCUGUCCGACGCCAGCCGGCGAAGUAACUCGUCUCUUUCGGGCGGCCCGGGUUCGGGCUUCCCGUACGCGACGUCGCCGUCGAAUCUUGAGAACCAAUUAACCACGGAAAGUGGCAGGCGGUCCGCGCAGACCACCGCGCGUUACAGGAGCUACGAGGACACGGUCGAGAGGGAGUUCUCGAGGCAGCUGGAGAAGGAGAUCCUGCGGACGCAGAUGGAGGACCCGGCGAGCCUGGAGAACCGAAUCCUGGGCAGCUCGUUGUCCAGGCCGUCGCACGAGCGGAAGAUCGAGAAGCCGAAGAUCAAGAAGGAGAACAGGUUCGGCGACUCGAGGUACGACGCCGAGAAGAUGCUGGGUUACACGAGGACCAAGGAGGACCUGCCGAUCCUGGACAUGGAGAACGAGGUGCUGGCCAGGACGCUGAAGGACUACAACGCCUACAUGACCUCCAGCCUGAAGCUGUCGAUGCUGCCGUGCCGCGACGAGCUGGAGCAUCGCAAGAACCCCGGCGCCCAUUUCCAUGGUAAACCCAUCAUCGACGGCACCGAGUUCGAAAGGUUCGUCGGAAAGAAGAACGCGGAGACCACGACCACCGUCAGCUCCAGCACCACCGUCGUUCCUGCGGCGUACGACGACGAUACCAAGGGAGAUUUAUCAUGCAUAAACGGGACUUUCAUGCCGGCUCCGCUCGCGCGGCAUGCACUGAUCAAAUAUGUAAAGUCAUCUGUGCCAGGUCACGAGUACCUAGAAGCUGAUUACGAGUGCGCCCCAGGGUAUUACAUAGCGACCACACCAAAUAGGUUACUCUGCAAGAAUCGCCAAUGGAUAGGACAGUUGCCGAAGUGCAAGAUCAAGCACAGUCCCGAAGGGGUUUGCAUCGAUGCCUCCUGCGAUCAAAUUUGCAAGGAAAUCGAUGGCAGACCGGUGUGUUCCUGUUACAAAGGCUUCCGUCUGGAAGACAAUAAAUGCGUCGAUGUGAACGAAUGCAAGGAUAACAAGGGAGGUUGCGAGCAUAAGUGCGUGAACACCCCGGGAUCCUUUCGUUGCGAGUGUCCGAAGGGAAUGAAGCUAGACGAGGACAGGUUCUUGUGCAGGGACAUCAACGAGUGUUUGUUGAACAACGGACACGGGCCUUGUCAGGACACUUGCCGGAAUACCAUAGGGGGUUACGAAUGUUCUUGCGACGGUUUACAAGACUCCGUGCUGUCAGCCGACAACCACACGUGCCAGGAUGCUGGUCCGUGCAGCGUCAACAACGCAGGAUGCUCCCACACUUGUCUCUCCACGAUGGGCCGGGUGUUUUGUCUCUGUCCCGACGGUUUUAUCCUCGAGGACGAUUGGAAGACUUGCCAAGACGUGGACGAGUGUGCUCAACCUGAUUUGCAAGCGGAAAUGUGUCGCUACGGUUGCAUCAACACUGCAGGAUCUUAUCGGUGCGCCCAACCAAUGGAGCUGAAAGAUCAACCGAUACUAGACAGCUUGUCGAUCACCUGUCUACCGGGCUACGAGGCCACCCCUGAUGGAACUUGUAUCGAUAUCAACGAGUGUACGAUAGACAACGGCGGCUGCAUGGAGGUCUGCGAGAACACGGACGGCGGUUUCUUCUGCGGCUGCGACGGUGACGAAAAAGCCCUGUCAUCCGACGGGAAGUCCUGUGUGGAUUUAAAGAAUGCGUCCUGCCCUCCCCUGAAUCCAGAGGGUCGAGGGUAUUUAAUGUGUUCUCGUUCGGCAACACCAAUGUCGCGGCGAGGUAGACGACGGGCGUCCAAUCGUCCCGGUACCAAGUGUUUCUUGAAGUGUCCCUACGGGUAUCAGCUUCACGGAGAAUACGAAUUAACUUGUCGGUCAGACGGCACAUGGAACGGUCCGAAACACGGCGAGUGCGUCAGAUACACCGUGCCCCGGCUGGAGUGUCCGCACGAUGUGAUCGCCGAGUUGCCACCUGGCCGAGACGAGGCGUUCGUGACAUUCGACCAGCCGUCGACGGAUCUCGAUUGGUUCCGAUACGUCAGAUCGAAGCCGUCCUGGGGCACCAGGCUGGAGGCGAACCUAACGCCCGGGACCCACGAGAUCACUUUCUUCGCCCGUCACCCGGUAUCGAAGAAGCAGGCCAGCUGCGUGCUGCGCAUCAUCGUCAAAGGUGGUGAGGCUCCGAAAGUCAAAGACUGCCCGAACGACAUAGAGGUCACAGGGAAAAAUGGGUCAGCGAUAACGUGGACCGAGCCAAUAUUCACGGAUAACGUGAAAGUGACCCGCAUUCGAAGCAACGAGAGCCCUGGCCGGCGUUUCGACAUCGGUGGUCACAGGAUAGAGUACGAAGCCACCGACGAGGCAGGCUGGUCGAGCAAGUGCGUUUUCACCGUGGUGCUGCGCCAGGAGUGAAUCGCGGGCGACCGGCCGCGAUCAGCUGAGCGCGAGCAGGCGAGCCGUGGGAGAACGAAUCGCCGAAGAACAGGGAAUCCAGGUAAAUGGGGAGAGACCGGGGUCAAUGCUAGCGAGACGGAAGAAUAAUGAUAAGGUAAUAUAAAUGGAAAUGUACGGCCACACUUCAUGCGUGCCAUCGGUCCCGCUGUAUCCGGAAGGCUGAACAGGGACGAAACACGGCUACCUUUCCAAGUACAUGCGUGGGCGUAUGUUCAUUGAUUUAUUUCGCUGGGUUAGAAUCAGCGGCGCGAGCCGGAUUUUCGAACAUGUUCACCCGUGGCUACGAACGUAAUCUAUGUAUACACGCCGGAAUGUUGAAAAAAAGCAAGUGAAAUAAAUUAGAAUAGAUUCAUCUUCGCAGUGAAUUAAAUUAUCUUAACAAUAGAUUUGGUCGGUAAAGAAUACGCGUAUUAACAAACAAUAUUUCUUGUUUAUUACGAUGGGGAAGAUGCGAGUUACGCCACUGUGAUUUUAACCCAUUUGACGAUGAAUAGGACGCGAGGAAUCGUCACCUUUAAUCCUUGACGCUUCGACUGCCACGCGAUCGAGUUCAAAUAUUUCGUAAUAUUGAAGCAUUUUGUUUAACACUAGGUUCACGGACUACUAAAAGCAACUAUACUUCGUGUUAUUUUAUAUCAAAGUAACGAUAAUAUAUUUAUUCGGUGUUUUAGCGACCUUUGUUGUAAUAUCUGGCCCAAGUAACGAAGUUGAAUGAAUCGUUGAAUCAUAAAUAAGUCAUCGAAUAAAUUCUUCGUAAAUGUGUCUUUACGAUCCGAACAAUCUUGAGUCAAUGAAUAUGGAACCCGUCGUUUCGACGACACCCGUAAAUCCAGUGUUAAUCGAUUACACCCCAUGUAACGAAAGGAUAAAAUCGAACGCGGUGGUACACUGCUCCGAUAAUUUUAGAUUCCGCACAUCCCAGUGGAAUUCGUUUCACACGCGUAUGUUAUGAUUAGACUGCGGAGCUCUCUGCAAGAUAAAAGUAGUCUGCAUCGAUUGUACGCAACGAGGAUUAAAUAAAGAUAUAUGUACUUUUUCUUUUUAA